UCUCCUGUGGGGUGGAGACGAUGACAUUGGCGCCUCCCCGGGAACGAGCUAGGCGGUGAUCUUGUUUUCCUGCAGGCCAGAAGGGGAACGGGAAGCCUCUGUCUUUGAAUUUGAAAGGGAGCUCAUUAGUGCAGCAGCAGCAGCGCCUUCCCAGGCCUGGCCCGGAGAGCUCCAUCCAGCAGGGUUAGCCAGUGCUGAGGAGCCAGGAGGUGCACGCAUGCUCCUCCAUCUGCAAUCCUCCCUCCUCCCGGCUCGUCCCCUCCCACUCCUGUCCCGAGCUAUCAACAGGGACCAGCUCAUCCAUUUCUGCCAGGGGGCUGAACAAUACGGCACCUCGCCCUAACCCUCAGUCCAGCCGCCCGCUUCUAGCCGCAGCAGCUCCUGGGGUUUCAGCACCACGAGGCGCGGACAGCUCCCUGUGCCUCCGCCGCAGGCUGGUGCGGGGUUCGGUGCUGCGGGUCGGGGCUCAGGUUACACCCAAAGCCGGCUUGUGCAAAGCAGGGAGCCUGCUCAUUCCUCAGUCUAGCGAGCCCGCCUGCCUGCGAGCUCUGCAGCCAGCUUCGCUUCUACCCCGAAGGCCACAAGGAUGGUUUUCAAUUGGGCGACGCUGGUUCAGGUCCUGGCGCUGAUCGUGAGCCAGGUUCACGGCUUCCCUAAGCCCGAGGGCAGCAGAGAUAAAGGAAUAUACAACAGAGAAUUAAGUGAAGAGAGACCAUUGGAGGAACAGAUUGCUGAAGCUGGGGCAGGCAAGAUCAGGAAAACAGUCCCUACAGAAAAUAAGCCAGAGUUCAGAAAUUAUUCCUUUACUGAUGACUUGAACCUGCUAAAGUCAGUAACAGGAAAAGAGAGGAAUGAAAAGGAGAGGGAAUCAAUAAGAAGCUCCCUAUAUGAUCAUCAACAACCGGCCCCUGAUGAUGCAGACUCCACCAAGAACCGCAGGCUGGUAGAUGACUAUGACUCCACUAAAAGUGGACUGGAUUAUAAAUUUCAAGAUGAUCCAGAUGGUCUUCAUCAGUUAGAUGGCACUCCCUUAACUGCUGAAGACAUUGUCCAGAAGAUUGCCACAAGAAUUUAUGAGGAAAAUGAUAGAGGCGUAUUUGACAAAAUUGUCUCGAAGCUUCUAAAUUUGGGUCUAAUCACAGAGAGCCAGGCCUAUACAUUAGAGGAUGAAGUGGCUGAGGUUUUACAGCAGUUAAUUGCUAAUGAAGCAAAAGAUCGUGAGAAGGAGUCAGAAGAUCUUGAUUACCCUCCAAGCAGAACAGACAGUGAUACAGAAGAAAAGCAGGAGGAAAAAAUGACACCAAACGUUGCUGAUCAAGUUGGUGUUAUGAAUGGAGAAAUUGAUGAUACUUUGGAUAACACCUGGCCCCCCUCCAGUGUUUUGGAAAGAAGAAAUGAGCUGCCUUCUGAGGAUAAUUUUGAGGACCUCCAGUAUUUCCCAAACUUCUAUGGACUACUAAAAAGUCUUAACUCAGAGGAGGCAAAAGAAAAAGAAACUCUGAUAACUAUCAUGAAGACAUUGGUUGAUUUUGUGAAGAUGAUGGUUAAAUAUGGAACAAUCACUCCAGAGGAAGGUGUUUUGUAUCUGGAAAACUUGGAUGCAAUGAUAGCUCUGCAGACAAAGAGUAAACUUGAAAGCCCCCUGAGCAGCACCAAAAACAAGCUACUAGCAGAUAAGAGCAGUGAAGAGGCAGACAGUACAAAGGAAGAAGCAGCUAAAAUGGAAAAACAGUAUGAAACAUUGAAGGAUUCCACAAAAGUGAAAGAACAAAAUACAGCAGGAAACAAUGAAGAACCAAAAGGGAAAGCUGAGGCGUAUUUGGAAGCCAUCAGGAAGAAUAUAGAAUGGCUGAAGAAGCACAACAAGCAGGGAAAUAAAGAAGAUUAUGAUCUUUCAAAGCUGAGGGAUUUCAUUGAUCAGCAAGCUGAUGCUUAUGUGGACAAAGGCAUCCUGGACAAAGAAGAGGCGGAUGUGAUCAAGCGCAUAUACGGCAGCCUGUAAAAACACAGGAAGGAUGGUGAAGUCACUUGACUGCCCAACAUGUAGGAAACUAUAGUAUAGCUUCACCCACUCCUAGCUCAGUGACCUCAGAUUUGUUAUUUUGAGGUUAUCAUUAGAAAGUGCUCUGUUUGCAUUGUACUGAACCUUUUCUAGGCAAAAGCGAAGAGCUCUAUUGCUAUGUACACUGACUGCAUACUGUAUUUUCCUACACACAGAUAUCAACCCCAAAGGCUGAAUUAUGACAUCAAAUUUAUACUUAACAGGGUAAACUACAAAACGUUCUCUUUGACAUACUAUCUGCAUUUGUUUGCUCCGGUAGAAAAGCCAGGUGUUUUUGAAAGAAAGUUAUUUUGACACUGCAUCCUUCUGCUCUCACUCCGUUAGCUUUUCAAAGAUGCUACUGUAUGUAUUUGUAAAGGGCAUUAUUAGAACAUGAAUGACAGUUACUAGUUCUACAAAUAAAUAUUUGAAAAUAAUUUCCGUAUUAAAAUUGUCAUUAGCCUCCAUAUUAUUUUAUGUCUAGAAUGUCUUAUUUUUAAAUCAUUGGUGUAUCAUCAUUUUUCCUGUCACUGUUUGUGUUUGCACAUUCACUGUUACAGCUCUUUGAGUACUUGUGCCAUUAACUAACUAAUGUAUCUCUGACACUGCAACUGCCUUUCAUAUAGGUGGUACAGGAAAGAGCUGAAGUCUCCACUGCCAGCCAUGGUAGAGAACCCUUAGCCGUUUUGUGCAUCCUUUGAUAACUGUCAGUUCUCUGUGCAUGUGUAAAUAGCUGCAUUCUUGAUGUGAGUAGCCUGAUAGCAGUGUGAAUAGCUUUGAAUAGCUAAGUAAAAAAUGUAAAGAUAAUUAAAUCAUUUUGAGGGGAUCUUGCAAUUAGAGAUGUGCUUAGGAACAUGUGGCUUUAAUGAUCAGAUGGACUUUAAUGGGAGUGGCAGGAGUGCAGCAUUUCUGAAAAUCAGGCCAUUGGUCCAUUUAUUGACCUCUGAACUGUAGUGGGUGAUAUUAUUUCCUUUAGCACUAUGGGGAAACACUCUCUCUCUCUCACUCACUCUCUCUGUUGUAUGUAAAAGCGAAGGCAAAGCAAUGAGUUUUGAAUUUAGUUCUGGCAGUUCUCAGGCUUAGCUUUUGUGGGAUUAAGUGAGUUCUCUAGUCUAGCUGCUGAGAAAAUUCUGUCUCCUGCAUUCAUUGGCCUCCUCCUGGAUGGUUAAGAUUAACUCCCAUAUGACAUUAUUUUUAAAAUCCAGGAUGUUCACUUGACUGCCUGGAGACUAUAGGUAAAUACUUGUCUGGCUGUGUAGAGAGCUGUGGCUGUACGAUAUGCCCUUGAUCACCCCAAGGUCUGUGUUAGCGUCACAUAGGGAGAUUACGUACUUCCUUAUUUUCUCAGCACUCUUGAGAAUUAGAAGGAAAAAGAUCUGAACUACAUUUUGCCUGGCGGCCAGAAUGAACUCUGGCCAAUUGCCAGCAUAGUGCAAACACCUACAAAUGUUACUAGUAGCAAACUUCAAUCAAAUGUUAUCACAAUGAGCCAUAAUAAUAUGUGCAUUAGAAGGCUGUUGGUGCAUGGAUUGAUCAGUGCCUUCAAGCAUCCAAGAAGCGCACCAUACCCUGCUUAGAUGCACCCUGGGGUGGGUUAUUGCUUUACAGUUUUGCUCACUAAUUAUAAUUUAAAAAAUAAAUCAAAAAGAAUAUUGAGUAAUGUGAGCCGUGUACCCUUCUGCUAUGAAAAACAGUACCUAGUGGCAGCAUAAGAGAAAAUUAUGGUGAAAAGGUUCCCCUGCUAUUUCAAAUGAACAUAGGGGGGUAUUCCUAGCCCUUCUUCUCUCUUUUACUUUUUCCUUUUGUUCGCCCGCUCCCCAUUUUAAGGUUCCCUAGACUAUUUAGACUCCUUUUUCCUCCUCAUGCCCCUCAAAAGAUCAGUUACCCUUUGCUAGCAGUUCGUGGCCCACCACCCACUUUCUUGUUUGAAAACCAAAUUGGAAAUAUUAACUCGUUUCCAAUUGGGGGGUUACAAGAGAAAGCGGGUUAAAAGUGGCUGUAACUCUUGGCACUUUGGGAGGCAAUAGCACAUCAAGACUGUAAUCUUUUUACUUUACUAAUCCAGACUCUUCUUCUUCCUCCUUACAGUUGCUUCCUCCCCCCUGCCCCCACCACUUUCCCCUCCCUCCCUUGGUUUACCUUUCUUCUUCUGUCAACAUCAUGGGUCCCAGAAUAUUUUUGAAUGAUUUUUCAAGGAUGAGAUCCUAGCCGUGUAUUGUCAGAAGCUUGCACAGGGGUGUGACAUCAUAAGAAAGGCGCGGACAGCCAAUAACAUGUGACUAGUCUACAGGCAAUCACAACAGACCUGGUCCAAAAUUAUAAUUCACAAUUUUAAUGAAACUUUUUGAACGUUUGCAAAAUUAUUAAUUUUGACCAAAAAGGGAUGAAAUUUUUGAGGAAAUUGUUCCAAAAACGUACAUCCCAUUGUUUGACCAGCUCUAAAUGACAGUCAGAAUCUCAUUCAGUGGCCCAGACUCCUGCUGAGUACUCACUCGCCCGUGUAGUCCCAUUGAAGUCAACAUGAAAAGCUGAGUAGAUAAGCAUUUUGAUAAGCACUACUUUGGUGAGUAGGUAUGCAUUUUUAAACCAUUGUUUCUGCUGGAUUCAUUUGUCCCCCAGACAGCUGGUCCAACUUGUUAUGUGAAUGUUUCAGCUGCUGGUUCGAUUGGUGGCACGUCAAGUUCAGGCAGUCACGUCACCUUUCAUAAUAUGACAAGACAGGGCCAGCCUGAUGCAUCAUCCUAUGCUGCAGAACAGCUGUGGCUUGUGCUAAAUGAAGGUCAGAGUGAUCUGAGCUAUAAGUGGUACUGCAGGUUAAUAGCCUUUUAUGAAUGCAACACUUGCAGCACAUUACUUGUUACAGGGCACUUGGUGGAAAUCAGUAGACCAUGUUCUGCCAACAUUUUCUGUACUACUACUACGGGAAAUAUUUUCCAUCUUUGCACAUCUCUAGUUCUAAUACCACAAAAGAAAUUUGUCUAUGUUGUUCUGUUUAUAUCUCCGCUGGAUGCAUCAAAAAAUCCUUCACUAUCUAAAUUAUCACUGACAAUUGUAAGAAGUACAAAAUAUACAGUAUUCACACUAUGAGCUUUUCUAUUAGAAUAUUGUUUCUGAUACUGUACUUUAUUAAACAUUUUGCUACAAGCUACAGCA